GCCUUUAAUUUCGUGUUGAGACUUUCCGGUAGGUCGAAAAUGUAUCUCGUCCUACUUCAAAUCCCACUUUCAAUAAUUGGAAAUAUAAUUUUUCUGCUGUAUCGUCGUGUGGCAUUUCGACUGCUCGGGACACUAAAGACACGCGUGGAAAUGUGGAAAGUGCAGGCUGUGGUGGUGCAGCUCCUGCUGCUCGGCUGCCUGCUGCGAAUCUACUUCGAGGGAAGUCUGCUGUCCAACUCCAACCGAGAGCCCCAGCAGACGCCUUGGGAAUCGGGAAUCGCUCCGCCGGCGAAUCGUCUGGUGGUUUUCCUCACCGAUGGCCUGAGCGCCGAGACGUUCUUUGCCAAUAACUGCAGCUCCGUGCCGCAUCUGCGGGAGGUGUUCGUGAAGCAAGGCCUCGUUGGAAUAUCCCGAGGCAGUGUGCCCACCCUCGUACGCUCUGGACAGAUUGGUAUUUUUGGUGGCUUCUUCGAGAGUCCACUGCUGCUCCGCACUGGAUUCCAAUGGAAUUCGCCGACACUGGACACGUUCUUCAAUCACAGCAAGACUGUCCUGGGCUGGAUAGAACGCCAGACGAAUGUCUACACAAAGACCUUGACGCGCGGAAUGUUUCAGGACCACACCGCAGGUCCCAAGCCAAGGGAUCCUUGGGUGCUCCGUCAGCUUCGCUCGUACCUGGCAAUCAAUGAAACAGUCGACCAAUUGCGGAGUAAGACUUCCCUGAUACUCUUCGUAUAUCUGGGAAAUAUUGCUGCCGAGGGCCCCUUGAGCAAGCGGUAUCAGGAGAGGCUCUAUUCUGCACAACGCGGUAUCCGAGAAGCCUAUGACCUGAUCGAGAGCGCCUUCAAGGACAGCCGCACUGCAUACCUGAUGACGUCGAGCCAUGGGAUAAGCCAGAUGGGCUCCAAUGUCGCCGGAUCCAGGGAUGAAACCGAAACGCCGUUCUUCCUCUGGGGCUCCGGUGUUCCCCAAAUGGCACACAAUGUGGCACACAACGAGGGCCUGCAACUGCAGCGGCCCCUCAUGGAACUGCAGCAGAUCCAACUGGCGCCCAUCAUCUCUGCGUUGAUUGGGGAACCUCCGCCAGCAAAGAAUUUGGGCAGGCUGCCAUUGGGAUUCUUGUACGUGUCCAUGGAGCAGGAAGCGCAGGCGACUUACUUGAAUGCGCUUCAACUGCUGGCCCAGGCGCAGCUCCUGAUGCGGCAGCAUGAGCGCGGUUUCUUUCACAAGUUCCUGCCGCAGUUCAGAGAUCUUGACCAAAGCCUUAUCGAGAGCUACCGCCUUCAAAUGGACCGACAGCUGCAGAUGGGCGCAUCGCAGGAGACACUGCAGACGAUCGAGAAGGCUGCGACACUGGCACAGGAGAGCCUCAAGUACUAUCAUAGCUACUAUCGCAUUCCGCUGCUGAUCGCCACGAUGGCUGGACUCCUGGGGUGGAUAUACUGUCUGUUGGUCCAAGUGUCGCAACAGUCCGGGAACUCCAGUGAGCCAGCAGAGAGCGUGGAAUUUAUCUCGUGGACGACUAUAAUGAUGGGGGCAAUGGGUGUGGUUUUAAGCGUGGUGAUCCUCCUGCAGAAGGUGCCCUUCCUGACGGGCUUCUGCAUUUUGCUGCCCAUCUACAUCUGGUGCAUGGCACUGGCCGCACGAUCAGCGCAGGGCACAAGCAUCCGCUACGGUCUGCUGCACCUCAAAUGGAUCCUCGUCUCCAUUGUGUGCUUCAUCGUCCCCAUUUUCCGGAGGGGCUUCCUCUGCCUUCUCUAUGUGGGUAUCGUGUGUUUCUACAAUCGUCGCCACUUCAAGAAGUUGUCUCCGCGAUUCUUGGCAUGGCUGGGAUUGGUUUGCUGCCUCAGCGUCCUUCUGUUCUGCCUGCAGUGCCCAUCGACCCUCUCGCUGACAAUCGAAUAUGGAAUGUAUCUCCAGGGAGCGAGCAUGGCUCUGGCGAUUCUACGUCCCCUGAUCUUCGGCGAGAAGCAUGGCGCAGCAGUGUGGAUCAUCAACGCGGGCGUAUUGCUGAUCGGUGGCUAUGGAAUGUAUCUAAGGGAGACCGGAGAGACAGUGCCGCUCCUUUUGCACACCGUUUGCUGGACAUAUCUCCUGUAUGCCUUUGGAUCGGUGCCGUACGGCAAGAGAUUGACUCCGAAACGCCGCCUUGAGCGAAUCUGCUUCAACCUGACGAUCCUACAUACGCUUCUCAGCGAUUCGUUUGCCUCGCUCUUCGUCCAGGCGCUGAUCAUCGAGUACCAGAUGGGGAUUGAAGUUUAUCUAGAGACGAAGCAGCCUCGCAAUGCACUGGAACAGAUGGCAGAUGAGAAUGAGGACCAGAACGAGCCGAAGAUUGUGUGCCCAAAGGAGAACUUGGCUCGCGCCUACUACUUUUCCAUCUCUACUCUACUGUACUUUCUCCUCGCGCUGCUCGGCACCGGCCACUGGAUUACCAGCUUCACCUUCGCCCCCUCCACUGCGCGACUCUUCGCGAAGGAUUGCUGCUAUGGCUUCACGGCUUUCUUUGUCCUAUUGAAGAUCUACAUCCCAUCCAUCAUCAUCUUGUCCAGCAUGUGUGCGCGCAGCCAAUACGCACGCAAGAACAUCCGCUCAAUCUUCAUCUGCCUGAUCCUCACAUGCAACGCCGGAUUGUGUCUAUUCCUGUUUGUCAACCAUGGUCGCUUCUGGCCAGCGGCUCAUCCUUCUGUAGUGCAUGUCGUCCUGAUCAAUAUUGCUGUCGUCUUUCUACUUGUGUGCGCCUGUUUGGCGGGUGUUUUCUUCCGAGGAUCUCUCCAGGUGAGAUCUACCUCUACGUCCACCUCAUCCUCAAAGUGGAACGAAGAGCGUUCGUCUCAGAGCGAUCCCCAAACCAAUGUUUAA